AUGGUAAUAAAAAUUCAUGAUUAUGAGAAGAAUGGCAAGUUCUCUAUUCGUAAAUGCUAUCAAGCUCUUAGAGAGCCCAUUGUGCAGGUUAGCUGGAAGAGAUUAAUUUGCAACAACAAAGCUUCUCCAAAAAGUUUGUUCAUUACUUGGCUUGCUGUCCUUAAUAGACUUGCUACUAAAACCAGAUUAGCACAAUGGAAUCUGGUUAAUGACACCAGUUGUGUACUAUGUAAUGAUGCAGAGGAGGACACACAACAUCUAUUUUUCAGCUGUCCUUAUUCAGCUGCAGUCUGGGUUCAAUGUCUGAAGAUAAUUGGUAUUACAAGAAGGCCUGUUUCAUUCCUUGAUGAAAUCUCUAUAGCAGCUAGUAAAUGUAGAAGGAAGAGCAAAGUUAGUCAACUGUAUGGCAUAAUGUUUGCAGAAGCAGUCUAUAAUAUAUGGAUUCAAAGGAAUCAUCAAGUUUUCCAAGGCACUCACAAGCUUCCUCAGCACACAGUUGAUCUAAUCUUACUUAAUGUAGCUUGUAGAGUUCCAGAUACAAUGAAAAACCAUCUGUAUAGAUAG